UAUUGAUCCAUUUCUUUUAGCGCUGUCAUGGUUUGCGGUAUCCACGUUUUUUCACGGCGCCCCUACCCCUCAAUGCUGGCACCGAGCAAGUUACACGGGGGAAGAUGAACCGUCUCAUCCCAGUCACAGGUACACUGAAACACCGUCCGCAGAUUUGUUUUUACUGUAAGUUUCGCAGCGAGCACAUGCGCCUCAGCUCGUGAGUCUCGUGCCAGCGUAUGGCACCGUUGAUCUGUUUCGUCGCGGAUGUCCUGCUACAACAGCGAAGUUGUGGUUAAAAAACAAAACGUCAACAAACCAAUGUGCAAAUCCUUCCUCGCGUGCGUGUGUGCGUGUGCACGCGCGCGGAGGGGAGGGGGGCUCCAGCCAGCCAGACGCCAGCGACUGGAGCUGGAGGAGCGCGAGGUUGUAUUCGCGUGCAGCGAAGCAGGAGGACGCGGAGGACCAGAGCCGAUGUGUGCGGUGACAACUGAGCGAGUCCAGGCAGUGAACUAGUUCUCAGUCUUUAACGCCGGGAGAGCAAAUCACUGAUCGACGCCACUGCCUCCAGCGCACCGAGUUUCAACCUCAGCUCACCGGAGCUUUCCUUAAGAAGGGCCCAGAAGUUCGCCGAGGGAUGGAUCGAUCCCGGGGGUAUCACCGCAACUGCUGCUGACACUCCUUCAGGGAAGUUUGAGGUGUUUGGAAACUACCGUGUGACUCUGUCCGGUACCAUGCUGACACUUACGCAGAGUAUGUAAAGUUAUUCGUUAAAUCCUGCAACUCUAACGAGAGUCUGCUGCCCCGGCUGCUUUGCAAAGUGUGAAUAAGUGGUUUUAUAGCGUGUGUGAUUGUGCUCCUGAAGAGCUGCUACUUUCUUCAUGCGCUGUUCUCAUUUUUAUGUCCAGCAGUUGCACUCCAGCGUAUCUGUGCUCAGUGUGUGUAUCAGUGUGGGUUAUUCACGGUGCUGCUAUGCAGACUGACUGGAGCCACGCUCAGACAGUUCCACUGUAACCCCAAUUCUGAGGCGAAGGCCUGGACUGCAUUCACAGAAAGAAACCUUUACAGCUCUGCACUUCUCCAUCCAGAGGGACAACUUGUACUGAGCAGCAGAUGUUACACAGCUUUAUGUACUAACGUGGAUUAUUCAGAGACUGCUAUGAAGACAGAGUGGAGCCACAGAAAACCUGCUUGUAAAACUGAAGUAAUGCACACGAUUGUGCAGUUGUCCGUGCAAUGAAAUAAGCUAACGGUGUAUUCCUGAAUGAAACACUGGGACCAAAAGUCUUUUUGUGCAGUACUGAAACACAUUCUUCCAGGAGGUGAAGGCUCAGCUGAUGCUCGCUCCUACACAGUGAAAGAACUGAAAUGAUUUACUGGACAACUUUUAAGAUUUUGUAGUUCAUGUACAUUUCCAAAUAUCACCGUUUUUUGUGUUCAAAUCCGAUUUUACGUUACCUGUUUGUUACCCUAACUGUUGCAAAAUGAAGAAUCCCCUUCCUCUGAGUAAUAUGUGGAACAGACCUGAUAACAAAGACCCACAGCAGGUCUCUGUGCCUAGCACUAACAAGAAGUUCAAGAGGAAGUCCCGCGAACCUAAAAGGUUUUUCAAUGGCCCCGAGCCCGACAGGAUGAACACCUACACAGUUGACGUGACUGAUGCAGACUGGGUAGAUGACGCCCAUAUGGAGUCGCAUAAUGUCCACAAGCUGGCUCCACUCAAGAGACACCUGAUGAUGUCACAAGAGCCGAUGGCCAGUACCACGGGCAUUCUGUCAGGAUUAAAAGAAGACAUGGCUGCAGCUCAGAGUGGUGGUGCCAUAGAUAUGAGAAUUGGCAGUAAUGUGCCUGUUGAUGCUUCCAAAGUUUCCCAGGUGCCCACCUCCUCAUUCUCUAACCCAGAGAUCUCCCACUGGCCCACCUCCAUCUCCCAGCCUCUGUCCAGCAGACUAAAACUGGGCCUUCAGUCGAUCUUCCCUCCUUCAACAUCAACCUGCAACUCAGCCAGUCACCAGGUGUUUUCCUUAGAGGCGCCUCCCGGCCAGUCUGCCGCCAGAGUCUCACAGUCCUCCGAGUGUCACGAACAUAUGGAUCCACAGGUCCCUUCGCAUAAGGAGUCUCUGAGGAAGCAGAUUGGGUUGAGUCCUGAUGGAUCUGGGCAUCUUCCAGAAGUCAAAGCCAUCCAGCAGACCAGGAGGCUGCUAGCAAACGCCAGGGAGAGGACCCGUGUCCACACCAUCAGUGCUGCAUUCGAGGCUCUGAGGAAACAGGUGCCGUGUUACUCGUACGGGCAGAAGCUCUCCAAGCUGGCGAUCCUACGUAUAGCCUGCAAUUACAUCCUGUCUCUGGCUCAGCUCGCGGAGCUGGACUACAGUUCAGAUCACAGCAGCGUGAGCUUCUCUCAGUGUGUUGAACAGUGCACACGGACCCUGCAGGCCGAGGGAAGGAGCAAGAAGAGGAAGGUUGGAAGAAUGCCCGAGGAUGUUUGAUGCUUUGAGACUACUGCUACCAGAAUCACCUCUUCCCACUGCACGAUCACACAGCCAGCCUCAGGCCACACUCUACUGUUGCACUGUGUAGAAGGAAAAAAGCAUGAAACAGUAGCAUUUACUGUAAAAAGAAAGAGGCUCAUGUCAUUCAGAUUCAAUUUAGAUUUCCUGAGAAAUAGCUGAUAAUGUUUCCUGGUGGACAGAAGGAUGAUCAGGAUGACACCUAAGAAUUAAUAAUAGAUAGUAGUGUUUACAAGUAUGUGAACAAUGAUCAUCCUAACUUUGCUUAAUUUACCCGACAUGGCAGUUACCUAAAUAUUUAACCAAUAAUAUGACAAUGUUUACAUAAAUCUAGGUUUCUUUGCUACUCUCUGUUCUGUAUAUCAAUUUAAGCAACAUUACUAAACAUCUUGAUUCCUUGUAUGAAUUCAACAUUAAAUGUGAACGAUGCUAAAACUAAGGUACAAAUCCUAAGGUGAGAGAAAGUAUGAAUGAAAGGCCAUACAGAUUUGGAAUUCAAAUAAAUACCUUCAAUAAAUAAAUGAUAUAUUCCA